UGUCGGUAUCGCACGCUUCCAGGUGUCCCUCUGGGUGUUGUCGAGUUCCAAACACAGCAUCCUUCUGGUCCAGCAUUCCCCCGUCGCCGGACCAGACCAGUUACUAUCCCUUUUUUUUUUCAAGAUGAGGUCACGUAGACCCAGGUUUUACAACCUGAAGCGGCCUAAAGUCCGCCAGUCCUGGAACAAGUUCAACCUCUAUAACCUCGCCCGCCUCACAGUCGGUCCUACUAUUCGCUAUAAUCGUACCUUUUUCCAGCAGAAAUGGAUAGCCAAAUCCAUCGCCCGGGGCUACCACGGCCCUCACGUCCGCGAGAGGGAUUGGGAGCGCAUGUUCUCCCGCCGUCUCCUAUCCGCCGUCGAACUUCCCCCUGCCUACCUCGCCUCACAUGACGGCUCCGAACAGGCCGCCGGUCGUGGUUCCGGUCGCGAGCACGAUCCCAACGAUCCCGACCCGCCCAUAUCUGCAACCAACUUCUCCCCGACCGAGAUCAAGCGUCGCAGCCGCCUCGAGCCGGAGAAGAAAUUCGCGUUCCCCAACACAUUUGCUCACCCCGACGCCUACUAUUUCAACGUGAAGCAUCGGACCCCGUCCUUCUUCGGCGACCCCGUCCGUGACAUGACCCCUUAUAUGCAAAUGACUUUUGCUCCUCUUGAGAGGCGUCUCGAUGUCGCCAUAUUCCGUGCUUUGUUUGCCAGCAGCACUUUGCAGGCCAGGCAGUUCUGCGUUCACGGCGCCGUCAAGGUCAACGGGAAGACGAUGCGACACCCAGCGUACCUACUUAACCCAGGCGAUAUGUUCCAAGUCGACCCCGAGCGUGUCCUGUACGCCACCGGCGAACCUAAGAAUCCCAAAGAAGCUGCCCGGAUCGAGAGCAUGCUCAAGCAACAAGAAGAGCGAGAGGCAGCACGAGAGGCCAGUGCCGCCGCCCUCCACGCCGCCAAAAAGCAACAACUCGCCGAAAAGCUGAAGAACGCCGACCAACAGGGCGGCGGCGACGGUCCUCAGGCCGAGGCCGCCUCCGCAGACACCCCCCUUGAGGCCGAGACCCAGGCUGUCGAGGAAGGGGCCGCCGCAGAGACCAAGGCGACCACCGGCCUCGACAAGGACGGCGAGCCGCUCACCGCGGAGGAACUGGCCGCAGAGCAUCGCAGCCAGCUCAAGGCUCUCAUCCGGGACGCCAAGCGUCUGCUCAGCGAGAAGGACAAAAUGGGCGCCAAGCAGAAGCAGCGCGUCCGGCUCUUCAUGUCCGAGGCCAAGCGCGCCCUCAGCCGCCUCGGCAAAAAGGACGUCGCCGACUCGCUCGAGGAUCUCAACGCGGAAACCACCGCCGCCGCCGCCCGCGACGGCCUCAUGAACCACCUCGCUGCCAUCCUCAAGGGUCUCCACCUUGACCAGCAACCCACGCAGACCUCCGCGGAAGCCGAGAAGGAGGGGGAGGACGCCGCGGCCGCCCCUCGCACGUUCGAAGAGGAGGUCGAGGCCCUUUCGCCCGGGGAACAGGCCGCCCUCGCCCGGCUGCUGAAGGAAGACGCCGAGAACCCCGUCGACGAGUCCAAGCCCUAUCUGACCCCCUGGCGGCCGCGCAAGUACCUCGCCCCCUUCGCUUUCGUCCCCCGCUACCUGGAGGUCAACCAGAACAUCUGCGCCGCCGUCUACCUCCGUCACCCUGUCGCCCGCCGCGGUUCCGCCGAGGUGCCCACGCCGUUGCCUUACGAGACGAGUCAGCUCGCUUUCAACUGGUACCUCCGGAGGAGGUAAACGCGCUGCUACGAUUGUGUGGGCGGGGGGGUAUAUAGGUUGUUGGAUGAGAGAAAUAGGUGUCAUGAACUGUACAACACAGAAACCCAAACGAAACCACGGGCAAGAUAACAUGUACCAUCUACUACCAAGUUGGAUGCAGAAGACGGAGGGAGGUAAGGGGCUAUUUGGGUCAUCUUAGAUGAAUGUAUCAAUAUUUCUGUUUUGACUGUCACCACACGACGUUCUCACAUUGCGAAUUUGUGCGUCUUUGACUCCUUGAGGGCAACGGACCUUAGUCUCUUCCAAGUGAGAACCAUAUCGGUAUCGCCCUCAUAGACCUCGCCAUAGAGGAUCCGGAAUAACUCUUUAAUGCACAACCCCUCCAUCUCCCGAUGCAGACGUGGUUUCCGAGAGACACAAGGGAAGCAAGCGUGCUACGCAGACGGACUUGUUGAUAGCUGGCACAGAUACAGGGAAACGAUUUACAAUUGACACAGGAAGCAAAC